CUUCGUUUGCCGGAACGAUAGAAACAAAGCGCAUACGUACGGCGGUGAUAAAGUGCAUUUUUUAUGUUAGUUUUUCGUUAGCAAGUAAGCAAACGGCAGCUUUAGGUGGUCCCGCUCGUGAACAUCCUUUUAUCAGUAUGCACUAGCAGCAAGCAGUGAAGUGUUACGUGGUGCCGUGCCAUUUGCGGCUUGUUUGAGGUUAAGCGGAGGAGUGGGCAGGUUAGGGAAGGGGACAGUGAGGAAGAAUAGAAUACGUAGGCAUAAGCAAAACGCGCUGUGUGCGGUCAUUUACUUCGUCGUGUUUCGUCGGUUCGAUAACCGUCCGCGAUGCGUAGGGUUUCCUUAGCCCAAUCGAUGGCAAUCGUGGCGGUAGGCAUCCUGUGCCUUUUUAACGCCGCACUGCUGGUCCAUGCCGAACCGAAGAGUCAUCCCAUCACUACGCAGCUAUCGGCCAAAUGGGGUAUCACUCCGGCUCAGUUGGAAAUUGCCGAAUUCAUCGAUGAGGAAAGUGCCAACUCGUUCUGGGAUUACGUGGAGCUGUUGAACAACGUUCCCGAUGGACUGUAUCGCUUCGAAACGGAGGAGAAGCGUUAUCGAAAGUCGCUCGAACUAGCCUCGGACAUUCUCGGGGAAGGCCAAAUGGGGCUGCUUAAGCUGGCGCUUUCGUUGCACAGCUUUUCGCCGAAGGUGCAGGCCCACCUUCAGGUGGCUACCGAGGUGCUGGCAAAGGGCGAUUGUGAGACGACGAUAUUUGCAAGCAUCAACGGCAAGGUUGCGUGCACGGUAGACGAUCUACGGAGCAUCCUGCGCUCGAGAGCCAAAGAUCCGUCCACCGUUGAAACGUUCGCGAUCGAUCACAUCUAUCCCGGGUCGGAGAACAACUCGCUGACCGUGGUACUGUACGGUGAAAUCGGCACGAGCGAGUUUAAGCAGUUCCAUGCCGCCGUGAAAGCGGAAACGGAACGCGGUACGGUGCGCUACGUGCUGCGCCAUUACGUGCGAAAGGUUUCGUCGCGAAAGGUACGCCUGUCCGGGUACGGUGUGGAGCUGCACCUGAAAUCGACCGAGUACAAGAGCCAGGAUGAUUCGCCCCGACCGCAGGAUGCAGCGGCUGGUGCGGACGGGACCGAUCCGAUCGACGAGCUGGAGGUGGAGGUGGAAGGGUUCGACUUUGGGCAGCUUAAAAAACGGUUCCCCCAUCUGAGCCACUCGCUGGAUCGCUUCCGGAGCGCUUUGCUAGAACAGCACGAAGAAAUAGCACCGCUGAAGGCGUGGGAGUUUCAGGAGCUCGGUCUGCAGGCCGCCCGUCGCAUCGCCGAAAUGCAGGGCGACGAGGCACUGCAAAUGCUACAGUUUAUCUCGCAAAACUUUCCCACGCAGGCCAAAUCGCUGCUGACGCAGACGGUGCCGGAAGAGUUUAAGAAGGAGAUGCGGCACAACAUCGAGGUGUUCGGGCGUAACCUGAACCUUCAGCCGCCCGACUCGGCCCUCUUCCUGAAUGGGCUGUUUUUCGACGCGGAAACCAUCGACACCGUGACGCUGCUGGACACGCUGCGCUCCGAAAUGCGCGUGCUGGAGGGGCUGAACCGCAUCAACAUCCGGGGCGGAAGUGCCACGCCCCUGCUGGGGUUGGACCUGUCUUCCAGCGCGAAGGAGUUCGCAAUCGACAUACGCGAUUCGGCGAUUACGUGGAUCAACGAUUUGGAAAACGACGCCCAGUACCGGCGGUGGCCGGGCAGCUUGAAGGAUUUGCUCCGACCGACCUUUCCCGGGAUGUUGCGCAACAUACGUAAAAAUCUGUUCAAUCUGGUACUGAUCGUCGAUCCGGUGGAGGGAGACAGUGCUGGGCGGGAUAUUGUGAAGCUGGCGGAAAGUUUCGUCGUCCAUAUGGCACCCGUUCGAAUCGGGUUGGUGUUUAAAACCGGCGAGGGGGAAGACUACCGGGCGGUAACGUGCGGCUUUAACUAUGUGCAUCAGAAGAAAUCGUCCACGGAGGCGCUCGGUUUUCUGACCGAUCUGUAUGCUGCCACCGCCGACCAGAAGGUCAUCCGCUUUGCCGACGUGCGCCAGGUGCUGAAGAAGAAGUUCAACCGGCUGAAGCUGGAAGAGGUGGACGAAAUACUGGGCGAAGACUCGGACUUUGAUUACGGGCGGCAGCUGGCGCAGGAGUUUAUCGAUCGGCUUGGCCUGAAGACGGUGCCCCAGGCGCUGCUGAACGGUGUGCUUUUGCCACAGUCCACCCUAACGAGCGAUGAGUUUGAGGAAACAAUUCUCACGGAGAUAAUGCAACAAACGCCAACGCUACAGAAAGCCGUGUACAUGGGAGACCUGCACGAAGGCGAACCGGUCAUCGACUAUCUGAUGAAGCAGCCGCACGUGAUGCCACGGUUGAACCAGCGCAUUCUGUCGCAGGACGAACCGCACUUUAUCGACAUGUCCGGACGGGCGCAUCCCGACCUGGAGGAUGUCACUGCACUGGGUCAGCUUUCGAAUCCCGAUCUGACGGCGACGCUGAUGAAGAAUUUGAAGUAUUUCGGUGGCAAGUCUACCUACCAAAAGUUCCUCGGCUAUCGGGUUCAUUUCCUCACGGUUUGGGUGGUGGGCGAUUUGCGGCUAGCGGCGGCAAGAAAGCAACUUAAAAAUGCUCUUAAAUUUAUGAAAUCGUCAUCUGGCACACGUGUUGCGUUCAUCCCGAACGUAGACGGGACGGAUGCGGUGCGCUCCGAGCUGAAAAAGGAUCUCAACGCACUGGUGUGGGCCACCAUCAACACGCUGGAGGCAGAUGAAUCGUACGAUCAGGUGAUGAAACUGUUCGAAGCAUACGAAUCCGAUCCCAGCACCGUUUCGUCGUCGGUGCCGGACUCAGUGCUUGGCUUUUUGCCCGCCACCCAGAUGCAUCUCAAGAUGCUGCGUGUCUACUGCCAGCGUGUGCUCAAGCUGAAAGCAUCGGCAAGCACAGUUAUGGCAAACGGGCGGCUUUUAGGUUUGUUCGACAAGGACGAAUUCUUCGAUACGGAGGACUUUGGUCUGCUGCAAAGUUUCAACGCACUGCAGUACACGGAUAAGAUACGCACCGCCAUGAAGCAAGCUUCGCAGGGCGACGCGGACGAUACGCCAACCAUGACGAGCGAUACCGUAAUGAAGCUGGUUUCGAUUCUGGUGCCACGACAGCAGUCCAAGUCGCGCUACACCAUCCCGUCGGACGUGCAGGACAGUCGCACCGUGGUGAAACUGGCUCCGAAACGCACCGAUCAGCCGUUCUUCGAGAUCGUGGCCGUACUUGAUCCGGCAUCUCGCGGUGCCCAGAAGCUGUCCUCGCUAUUGCUGCUGUUGCGCGAUGUCGUCAACUGUCAGAUGAAAAUGUUCUUCUGUGCCAUCGAUAAACACAGCGACAUGCCGGUUAAAACGUUCUAUCGGUUCGUUGUGGAGCCGGAAUUACACUUCACCAACGACGGGCGCCUGUCGGCUGGACCAUCCGCCAAGUUCGUAGGACUACCAGCGAAUCCUCUGCUCACGCAAAGCCUUAAUGUGCCUGAAAAUUGGUUGGUAGAAGUGGUGCGUUCGGUAUACGAUCUGGACAACAUUAAGCUGUCGGAAAUCAACGGUCCCGUGCAUUCCGAGUACGAGCUGGAGUAUCUGCUGUUGGAGGGGCACUGUUUCGACAGUUCCACCGGCUCACCGCCACGCGGGUUACAGAUCACGCUCGGCACGGAGGAUCGCCCGAUCAUCGUCGAUACGAUCGUGAUGGCGAAUUUGGGCUACUUCCAGCUGAAAGCCAACCCAGGCGCUUGGAUUCUGAAGCUACGCCAUGGAAAGAGUGCCGACAUCUACGACAUUACCAGUGCGGAUGGACCGAACACGGUGCAUACGGCCGAGAGUACGCGUGUCAUCAUUAGCUCGCUCCGCUCGCACGUUCUGAAGCUGCGCGUGACGAAAAAACCGGGCAUGGCCGGUGUCGAUCUGCUGGGCGACGAGAAGGACGCAGCCGGCGGGGGUGGCAUCUGGGACUCGAUCAGUUCGAUCGUCGGCACCGGUGGUGGCGAUAGUGCUGCCAGCGGAGGUACCGGCGAAACCGAAGUGCUGAACAUUUUCUCCGUCGCUUCGGGCCAUCUGUACGAGCGGCUGCUGCGCAUCAUGAUGCUGUCGCUGCUGAAGCACACCAGCACACCGGUCAAGUUUUGGUUCCUGAAGAACUACCUGUCGCCACAGUUUAUCGACUUUCUGCCCCACAUGGCGGAGGAGUACGGCUUCCAGUACGAGCUAGUACAGUACAAGUGGCCCCGCUGGUUGCACCAGCAGACGGAAAAGCAGCGCAUCAUCUGGGGCUACAAGAUCCUGUUCCUCGACGUGCUGUUCCCGCUCGACGUGAAGAAGAUCAUCUUCGUCGAUGCGGAUCAGAUCGUGCGGGCGGACAUGAAGGAGCUGAACGAUUUCGACCUCGGCGGCGCGCCGUACGGUUACACGCCGUUCUGCGACUCGCGGCAGGAGAUGGAAGGGUUCCGGUUCUGGAAGCAGGGCUACUGGAAGAACCAUUUGCAGGGCCGCAAGUACCACAUCUCCGCCCUGUACGUGGUGGAUUUGCGGCGGUUCCGCAAGAUAGCGGCCGGCGACCGUAUCCGGGGCCAGUACCAGGCGCUCAGCCAGGACCCGAACAGUCUGUCCAACCUCGACCAGGAUCUGCCGAACAACAUGAUCCACCAGGUGGCGAUCAAAUCGCUGCCGCAGGAGUGGCUCUGGUGCGAGACGUGGUGCAGCAGCGACACGCUGCAGCACGCCAAAACGAUCGAUCUGUGCAACAAUCCGCUCACGAAGGAGGCGAAGCUGACCGCGGCGCAGCGCAUCGUGCCGGAGUGGAAGAAUUACGAUGCGGAAAUCAAACGGUUGCAGGCGAUGGUUGACGAUCGGGAGCAUGAGGAGCAGGCCGCGGUGGCAGCAGCGGCGGCAGCGGCGGCUGAGGCUUCCACCAUGGGCCACGAGCCCAGCAACGUACAUUCCACCGAAGAUAAAGAGACGAAUGCGGAAGCGCGACACACCGAGCUGUGAUCGCGUUCGGUGCUUUUCGGGUGCUGACGGUCCGAUCGAUCGGUCGGUCCGCGCAUGGUGUAGACGGGAGAAAGUGUGUGUGUGUACAUGUGUGUGUGUAUGUGUGAGUGAGCUAGGGGUAGAGAAGACGUUUGUGGAAUAAAACAAAACGGAAGCGAACAAAUGUUAAGGAAGGAACAGUAA